GGGGGGGGAACUCAGAACCGCAGUUGCUGUCACAGAGAGGAGCAGAUGACGCUUCAGCUUUAAAUUAUUUUAAUAAUUUUGUUGUCUUCUAAAAUAAAGAGAAUUGAUAGAGGCAUAUUCUUUGCUUCCUGUGUGUUUGCUUUUUAAUAGAAGUUGAAAAUCAGAAGUGCUCUACGUUGUGAACAUUGUACCACGGAUAUUCGUGGUUGUACGAUCGUCUCAGGACCAUGCAAUUUGAAUUGCAAUGGGAAAAGAAGACACGCGAAAGAGAAAAUCUACAAGAGAUCCCAAACCAUCGGUGUUGCCAACACCUCCAAGGAAAGAUUACAGAAGUAAAGUGAUAUAUCUCCUCCUUAUUCCUGUUACAUUUUUUCUAAUCCGAUACAUGCUGGUUCAUUUUCUUCUUGUCGGAGAUGAUUUUAUUCAGUUUGUGGGGAAAAGUCCAGCCAGAGAAAAAGUUGCCGUUACAGUGCCUUGCUCUGCUGACUAUAAUGGUGAAGAGUUUGAAGAGUGCAAACCAAAGAAGUGUGGGCGGGUGGUGAUGGACAACUUAGUUGCAGAAGAAGAUGCCAGACAUCUUCUUGGUGUGGCCAAGCGUGGUUUGUCUCUUGGAGGAUCUCAUGGAGGUGCUUCUAUCCUUGAUUUACACUCAGGGGCACUAUCAGCAGGAGAAAGAUUUAUCAACAUUUAUAGCUUGAUGAAACAGCUAGAUGAGCAAAUCUUUGCAGAGGAAGACUUUAGAAUAUACAGGAAGGUAAAAGACUUGAUCAAAGAGGCGAUUGCAGAAGAGUUUGAAAUCCCAAAGCAAAAGUUGUUUCUCACUAAACCUACGUUCUUCUCACGCAUGAAUAUGACUCCACCAAAAACAGUCCACGAUGAGUACUGGCAUCCACAUGUUGACAAGGAAACAUAUGGCUCUUUCCAUUACACAUCACUGCUAUACCUGUCAACAUUUCAAGAUGACUUUGAUGGUGGGCGAUUUGUAUUCAUUGAUAAAGAUGGCAAUAAAACUGUGGAGCCAAGGUUAGGGAGAGUGUCAUUCUUCACUUCAGGCUCUGAAAAUGUUCAUUUUGUUGAACGAUUAAAAGAUGGUGUUCGAUAUGCCAUCACCGUGUCCUUUACUUGUGACCCCAGACAAGCUAUUUCAGACCCAUCUUUUGUCAUGAAUUAAAGUUCAUCUCUGCCUGUU